AAGAUGAUGUGUAUUAUGGUGGGGUAUAGUAAAUAGUGGAGGAAAAAGUGAUGAGAGGUUUUUUUUUCUCCCCAUUGAUGUAGUGAAAAAAACAUUUGAUGAGAGAAAUUGUAUGGGAGGAGUGAGAAAGUGGGUAGAGAGAGAUUGAGAGGUUUUUUUUUUUCCUCACUGCUGAUAGUGGUCUAAACUGCGAAUUUUAUAAAACCAUAAAAAUCCGAUAAGGCCUUUCGACCUUCAAAUUUUAUUAAUUCGAUUCUUCAUUCCAACAGAAAAGUUUGUAGGGGCUGGAAUUGUCAGAAUCAAGAAAUUUUCAAUUAUUACUCAAACUUUAAUCUUGGUAAGAUAUGAGUUUGCCGGAUGUGCCAUGUUAUUUGCCGGAUCCAUAUAAGCUCUUGUAUGAUGUGGAUCAGGUUGAUGUAUGAUAUGGAUCAGAACUUUGCUUCUUUAAGAUUUCUCCUGUAGGUUUUCUGGGAACUUCAUACUCGAUUAAGAAUUGGGAAUUUUUGCUGUGCUCGCAAGGUGGACAUGGGAUCCGAAGGACCUAAGAAUAUCACAUUUCAUGUUACUGGUUUCAAGAAAUUUCAAGGAGUGACAGAGAAUCCGACGGAAACCAUUGUCAGUAAUUUGAAUGAGUAUGUCUCGAAAAAUGGCCUUCCGACAGGGGUGCAACUUGCAAGUUGCACGAUACUUGAGACAGCUGGCGAGGGGGCGAGACCAGCACUUUAUGAAUUGUUUGAGAAAGGUGCCUCAAAUCCGGACAAUGAAUCAGUUGUGUGGGUUCAUUUGGGAGUGAAUAGUGGUGCCCAAAAGUUUGCACUUGAAUGUCAAGCAUUCAAUGAAGCAACAUUUCGCUGUCCUGAUGAGCUCGGGUGGCAACCACAGCAAGUACCGAUAGUCCCUGAAGAUGGAGAAAUAUCUAAUACGAGACAGACUACAUGCUCAGCGGAUUCUAUUCUUAGUUUCCUAAAGAAGAAAGGCUUCAACGUAAUGAACUCAGAUGAUGCUGGUUGUUUUGUAUGUAAUUACGUGUACUAUCACUCUCUCCGGUUUGCAGAAGCUAGAGGCCACAAAUCUCUUUUUGUGCAUGUUCCCCUUUUCUCUAAGAUCGAUAAAGAAACACAGAUGCGUUUCAUUACCUCCCUCCUCGGGGCUAUUGCCGCUACUUGCUGAUACUCAUUGAUAAAAAGCUCCUAGAAAAGAGAUUUUUUUUUAGUUAGGCUUGGAUUAAUGUUGUAUACUAGUGUGCCCAUGUUCAUGUUGAUUCAGCAAAAGAACUGUAAUACUAUGUGAUAAUUAUUCUGUGCCUCGCUUGCUGCUUGUUAGCAAUGGAACUGAAGUUCCUCUUUACAUUGAUCAAAGGAUCUUGCAUCAAAAUCAGUUGAAUUACUUGAUGGGCAAAA